AUGCAGCCAGCUGAUGAAGGGAAUGCUCCGCUGUACUACGCAUCGCAGAACGGACAUGCAGAGGUGGUAAGGUUCUUGUUGCGAAAGAAAGUCAAUGUGAACGACAAGGAUCCUGUAGUACAUAAGACUCCUUUGUUUCCCGCUUGUUGGAAUGGCCACCCAGAAGUCGUUAGGCUGCUCGUCGAAAACGGAGCUGAAGUAAACGCACGAAACCUUUCGCAGAGAACACCAUUAUUUGCAUCCUGUUGGACUGGAAACAUCGAAGUCGUGAAAUAUCUGGUGGAGCAUGGGGCAGAAGUUGAUGCUAAAGACACGUCACAGAUAACUCCUCUGUUAGUAGCAUCUCGAAACGGGCAUGCAGAAGUAGUAAAGUAUCUGGUGGAAAAGAAUGCUGAUGUCAACGUAAAGGAUACUAAAGAACAGACUCCCUUAUUUAAAGCUUGUUUGAAAGGACAUAUUGAAACUGUAAAAGUCCUUGCUGAACACGGGUGUGACAUCAAUGCAAAAGACAAGGAGCAGAAAACCCCUCUGCGUGUUGCGCAAGAUAAGUCGCUUACUGAAAUUGUUAAAAUUCUUGAAGAAAAUGAUGCUAUGCCGUGGUAG